GACAACCGACGAAAAGAAGAGCCUACACGAAGACGGAGGCCGCCGUGCGCUCUCUGAGUGUGGUUGUGAGUCUAUGAUGACGGCCCAACUCUGAUUUUGACGAGACCGAACCAUGCACAUCAAGCAGAUUAUCAUCCAAGGAUUCCGCUCCUAUAAGGAGCAGACCGUCACGGAUCCAUUCAGUCCGCGCCACAAUGUUGUGGUGGGACGAAACGGGUCUGGGAAAUCAAACUUCUUCUAUGCAAUCCAGUUCGUGUUGAGCGAUGAAUAUGCCCACAUGAAACCUGAGCAACGCCAAGCUCUCCUCCAUGAAGGAACAGGACCUCGAGCAUUGUCGGCCUAUGUCGAGAUUAUUUUCGACAAUUCCGAUGGCCGGUUGCCGGUCGACUCCGAAGAAGUUGCCAUUCGGAGGGUCAUCGGAGCCAAAAAAGAUCAGUACUUCCUGAACAAAAAAAUGGUCACCAGAACCGAUGUCAUGAACUUGCUCGAGAGCGCUGGAUUCUCCCGGUCGAACCCUUACUAUAUUGUGAAACAGGGAAAGAUCAAUCAAAUGGCUACCGCACCCGACUCACAACGAUUGAAACUUCUCCGGGAGGUUGCCGGAACGCGAGUCUACGACGAACGUAAAGAGGAAUCGAAGCAGAUGAUGAAAGAGACCGAUGCGAAGAAGGAGAAAAUCGAAGAUCUCCUAAAAUACAUCGAAGAGAGACUCGCCACGCUCGAGGAAGAGAAGGAGGAACUGAAAGAAUAUCAAAAGUGGGACAAGAUGCGACGAUCGCUCGAAUACACGAUUUACGAUCAUGAGUUGAAAGACACGAAGAAGAAACUGGAGGAACUCGAAACCCGUCGCGAGUCCAGCAGUUCUGUGACGGAGAAGCUCCGGGAGAAUCUCCAGAACGCCGCGGAGAAAAUCAAGAAGCUCAGCAAAGAACUCCGCGAAAUCAAGCAGAAGGUGUCUGCCAACCGAGAGGAAAAGGAAACCUUAUCGUCCGAGAACGCGGGUAUCCUCAAGGAGAAAACCAGGCUCGAGCUCACCAUCAAAGAUCUGAAAGACGAAGUCGAGGGCGAUGACAGUUCUCGGAAGCGCGCGGAGCGCGAACUUGCCAAGCUGAAGGAGACCAUCGCGCAGAAACAAACGAAGCUCGACGAGAUUCGACCGCAGUACGAGACGAUGAAGAAGCGGGAAGAGGACUGCACCCGUGAGCUAAGUCUCAAAGAGCAAAAGCGAACCGAGCUCUACGCAAAGCAAGGCCGAGGGUCCCAAUUCACGUCGAAAGCCGAGCGCGACAAAUGGAUCCAGAAAGAACUGAAGUCGCUACAGAAAGCUAUCAGAGACAAAAGGGACCAAAUCGAUCGGCUGCAGGACGAAGCCCAGCGAGACGCUGCCAAAAAAGUGAUGCUCGAGAAGAAGAUCGAAGAGCUCACCAAAGAACUCGAGAAUCACAGAGACAACAUCGACGGUCAGAACAAGAGCUAUUAUGACAUGAAGAAGAAAAAAGACACUCUACAGACGGAGCGCAACGAGUUGUGGCGACACGAGAAUCAAUUGCAGCAGCAGCUAGCGGGUCUCAAGGAAGAACUCCAAAAGAAAGAUCAAGGUCUCAGAUCGAUGACCGGCAAGGCGACCCUAAACGGCCGAGACUCGGUACGGAAGGUACUGCAAGCUUUCAAGGAGCGCGGCGGACAGUUCAAACAGAUCGCCGAACAGUAUUACGGUAUGCUGAUCGAGAAUUUCGAUUGCGAAAAGACCAUCUUCACAGCCGUCGAGGUCACUUCGGGCAAUAAGCUCUUCUACCACAUCGUGGAGAACGACAGAAUCGGAACCAAGAUCCUACAAGAGAUGAACAAACAGGGCCUGCCCGGAGAAGUGACGUUCAUGCCGCUGAACCGGCUCGUCUACCGAGAGCAGGACUACCCCGAAAGCAACGAUGCCAUUCCGAUGAUCUCCAAAUUGAAAUACGAGCCCCGUUUCGAGCGUGCCAUGAAAUACAUUUAUGGAAAGACGCUCAUUUGCCGAAAUCUCGAAGUCGCCACCCAAAUCGCCCGGACAUCCCAACUAGAUUGUAUCACGCUCGACGGUGAUCAGGUCUCACACAAAGGAGCGCUCACCGGCGGAUAUUUCGAUACACGGCGUUCUCGACUCGAUCUCCAUAAAGGUCAUGCGACCGUGACCAAGGAGAUCAAAGACGUCGAAACGCAACUAGUCGAGCACAAGCAGAAACUGCAGAAGAUCGAGGGCGAAAUCAAUCAGGUCGUUGCCGACAUGCAGCGAACCGAAACGAAGAACUCGAAGAAUAAAGACGUUUUCGACAAACUCAAAGCCGACAUCCGUCUGAUGAAAGAGGAACUCACAGCCCUCGAGCGGUCGAAACAGCCGAAAGAGCGGUCGUUGGCCUCUCUGGAUUCGUCCCUUAAGUCCAUGGAGUCGACGGAGCAGAGUCUUCGGUCGGAGUUGCAGCAGGAAUUACUGACACAGUUGAGUGCUGCCGAUCAACAGGAGGUCGAUAAUCUGAACGACGACAUCCGGAGAUUGACUCAACAGAAUAAGGAAGCCUUCUCCGAGCGGAUGAGACUCGAGGCUGAGAAAAAUAAGCUCGAAAACCUCCUCAACAACAACCUCUACAGACGAAAAGAGGAGCUCGAAGCGGCCUUGCAAGAGAUUUCGGUCGAAGACCGUCGAAGGAAACUCGAAAAUUGCCAAGCCGAAUUAUCGACGGUUAACUCUCGGAUCGAAGACGUACUCAAGCAGAUGCACGCUCUGGAGAAGCAUCUAGAAACGAGUCUGAAAGAGCAGAAAGAAACUCAGGGCCAGCUGGAGCAUUGGAAGAGCCAAGAGAGGGAUUGGCAAGAGCGAAUAAAUGACGACGCGAAAGAUCUCGAGAAGAUGAGCAGCAAACAAAGUGUUCUACUUAAGAAGAAAGAAGAGUGCAUGAAGAAGAUUCGCGACCUCGGCUCACUGCCUUCGGAUGCCUUCGAGAAAUAUCAGAACCUUACCCUGAAGCAACUGUUCAAGAAGCUCGACCAAGCGAAUAACGAGCUGAAGAAGUAUUCGCAUGUCAACAAAAAAGCCCUGGAUCAAUUCGUGAGCUUCUCAGAGCAGAAGGAUAAACUGAUGAAGCGGAAGGAAGAACUCGAUCGGGCGGGAGUCAGUAUACGGGAGCUGAUGAGCCAUCUCGAGUUGAAGAAAUACGAAACCAUCCAAACGACCUUCAAGCAGGUGUCAAAGAAUUUCACUGAGGUUUUCAAAAAACUUGUACCGCAAGGGCACGCCAAUCUUACGAUGCGAAUGGACAAAGAUAAGGACAAGGACGAAGAAGACGACAAAGAGGGCGAUACGAACGACAACUUCACCGGUGUUGGGAUCAGGGUUUCGUUCGUGGGCAAGAACUCUGAGAUGAAGGAGAUGCAACAGCUGUCUGGUGGACAGAAAUCCCUGGUUGCUUUGACGUUGAUAUUUGCCAUCCAGAAGUGUGAUCCAGCUCCAUUCUAUCUGUUCGAUGAAAUCGACCAGGCCUUGGAUGCGCAGCAUAGGAGAGCGAUUGCCGAGAUGAUCCACGAAUUGUGUUCCGGUGCCCAGUUCAUCACGACGACAUUCAGACCCGAACUUCUCGUGAACGCUGAUAAAUUUUAUGGUGUAAAAUUUAGGAAUAAGGUGUCCCACAUCGAAUGCGUCAGCAGGGACGAAGCGCGCGACUUUGUCGAAGACGAUACAACACAUGGCUAGUUGGUUUUCACGACUAAAUAAUGAUCAGAGCGUCCAGGACAGAGCCAAGAAGCUGAGUGUGCGUGUGAGUGCGAGCGUGUGCGUAAGUGCUGAUCUGCCCGCAUCGAUCACGGGUGGACUUUUCAGACACGCGUUGUACUUAUAUUGUCUUCGAAAUUCGGUCGAAACGAAACAGAACCCACGUCUUGAGUAGGUAUCCUAAGGAAUUAGAUAUUGUGUGUCGUCUCAUGUGCCUAGCGACUGCGAACAUGCUAUAGGUACGGACAACUUAUGUACAUGCGUAAAUAUAACUAAUAUGUCAAUCAUCCAAGAAGAACAAUAUAUGGAGUCGGAACGUCCAGCUGUAAAAUACAAUAUAAAU